AUGGCCCCGACGAACGAGACACUGACACCAACACAGACACGAGUUCCCAACACAAUGCCCGUCUCCCAGCACCCAGCCUUGAGCGUCGCCGCCAAAGCCUUCGCCCUCAUCGGCAUCGGUUUCGGCCUCAAUGCUCUCCUCCGCCCCGCCCACGCCCUCUCCUUCUUCGAGUGGGAGAUGCCCACAUCGCCGGCCGAGCGGCAAUUGGUCGAGGCCCUGCUUUACGUCUACGGCGUCCGUGACAUCUUUUGGGGUCUGUCAUUCUACAUUGCCAACGCCUUUGGGACCCGGAAAUCGACGGGCUGGACCUUUGUCGCCGGCAGCUUGGUUGCGUUUGCUGAUGGGGCGAUCUGUUAUACUUGGGGGAAGGGGCAAUGGGGACACUGGUCGUACGCUCCGAUGAUGAGUGCUCUUGGCGCGGCUUUCCUUGGUCUGUUUGACUAG